UUGACUUUUUAUACGGGGUGCUCUUAAAUGCACCGUUGUUUUUCAGCAAGUGUGUAUCGUGUAGCUGCAAAUGUUUUGCAGUAGCAAAUCUAAUUUAAGGUUUGCAAAAUGCACAACGGUACUUUUGCUAUGACGCUUUUUUAAAAUCUUGAUCGAUUAUACACAUUUUUCAUUUGGGUUAUCUUACUUUUUAUGUGUUUACAACGUGCUUAGCUCAGCAGCCGGUUUAAAAAGGAAGUGUGGAGCAUUUUGCCCAGUUUUGCGCGAACAUUUUGCUGGUUUAAAGUUAGUUACGUAAGUUUACGUACGUGCGGUUAUGGACAUGGACUCUCGAAUCGAGUGCAUAUUCUUUAGCGAGUUUCACCCAACGUUGGGUCCCAAAAUAACAUAUCAGGUCCCAGAAGAAUACAUUUCACGAGAGCUCUUUGACACAGUUCAGGUUUAUAUAAUUACCAAACAGGAGUUGCAGAACAAACUAAUAACAGUCACUGCAAUGGGCAAAAAGUUAAUCGGGUGUCCAGUGUGCAUCGAGCACAAGAAGUACAGCCGUAACGCCCUCCUGUUUAAUCUGGGCUUCGUCUGUGAUGCACAGACCAACACGUGUGUCCUUGAGCCUAUUGUCAAGAAACUGUCAGGAUACCUCACCACACUGGAGCUGGAGAGUGGAUUCAUAUCCACCGAGGAGAGCAAACAAAAACUCCUGCCUAUCAUGUCGACCUUGUUGGAAGAGCUCAACGCUACCGGGGCGUGCACCUUACCCAUAGAUGAAUCCAACACCAUCCACUUGAAGCUGAUCCCAUUGCGGAAGGAUCCCCCGGUCGUUCAGGAGUACGACGUUCCGGUUUUCACUCAGAGCAAAGAUCACUUUAUUAAGUCACAGUGGGAUCUCACCACACAGCAGAUUUUGCCCUACAUUGAUGGCUUUCGACAUGUGCAAAAAAUCGCAGCCGAAGCAGACGUGGAGUUGAAUAUAGUCCGUAUUGCUGUGCAGAAUUUGCUGUAUUAUGAUGUCGUGACCCUGGUGUCGAUAUUCCAGUACUCCAAUGUGUACUGUACCACCCCCAAAGUGCAGAGCCUGAUCGAUGACAAACUCAUCCAGGAGGAAUGUUUAAACUACAUCACCAAGCAAGGUCAGAAGCGUCCAAGUGUGAGAGAUGUGUUCCAGCUGUACUGUGGCCUGAGUCCAGGAACCACCGUCCGCGACCUAUGUUCCCGCUACUCUCAACAGCUGCAGAGAGUUGAUGAGAGAAGGUUGAUUCAGUUCGGCCUCAUGAAGUCUCUCAUACGACGGCUGCAAAAAUACCCCGUCAAGGUGACACGUGACGAGAGGAGCAGGUCGCCUCGCCUCUACACGGGAUGUCAUAGUUAUGAUGAUAUCUGCUGCAAGACAGGUGUCAGCUACAAGGAGCUAGAUGAGCGUUUGGAAAAUGAUCCCAACAUUGUUGUGUGUUGGAAGUGACGUUGUAUCAUCAUGAAAAAGACAAAUGAUUGAUUGACAGAUGAAGGAUAGCCCAACUAACAAUGUUUUCUUGGUUGUCAAAGGAAAUGGGCCAAAAUAUUUGUUUUAUUUGCUUCUUUUCAAUAAUACGUUUAUUGUACAAAAGAAAGUGUUUAUUAAAAUAUUUUUUGCCAUUA